UCUCACUUGAUUCACAGAGCCGAGAACGAGCAAAGUGAGAGUGGACUCGAGUGAAGUGGGAAGCAAAGCAAUUGGGGCAGACCCAGUGCGAGCGAAUAAGAAGACGAAGAAGCAGAGCAAGAAAUGGCGAUUGCUGGGGAUCUGAAGGUCUCUGCGACUCUCGGCCCUUACCACACCCAUCCUCUUCGGAGGUCUCUGCCCUCGCCCUCCUCGAAGGUGAACUUAUCAAGUUUCCAGAUUGGAGGACCUAAACCUUCUGAUUGUGCAGCUAAAUGGCCCUCUGUGGCGCUUGAGAUUCACCAUACGCGGGGCCCACCAAAACUAUACUCGGGCCUCACAUCAGACUUCAACCUAUCCCCUAAAUCCGUCACCCAAGAAGCAGAGACCUUCCUUCUGAACGCAAUCAACAUGAGUUUCCUCGAGCGUCUCAACUUGGCGUGGAAGAUAAUCUUCCCAUCUCGCACCACGAGGAAGAACUCAAACGCAAGGAUCGCAAAGCAGCGGCUCAAAAUGAUCCUCUUCUCCGACAGGUGCGCCGUAAGCGAUGAGGCGAAGCAGAAGAUUGUGACCAAUAUAGUCCAUGCUCUAUCGGAUUUUGUGGAGAUCGAGUCGCAGGAUAAGGUUCAGUUGACUGUUUGCACUGACACAGACCUCGGGACUAUCUACUCAGUCACGGUUCCAGUGAGAAGGGUGAAGCCUGCCUAUCUAGAUUCCGAGGAGAUCGGGUCCAUAACAAACAUAGAGUACCUGGACAAUGGGGAGCGCUCAGGAUCUGUUGAUGUGAGAUUCGAUUUCUUCGUCCCCGAUGAUAACACUCCAGCUUUCUAAGUUCGGUAGAGGUAUAGUAGAAAAAUGUGCCCUGCACGGUUUCAAUUUAUUUCUGCUGCUCUAAAGUAUUUGCGCUUUUCCCCCCCUUUCUAGAUCAGUAAGAGGGUUUUUCACUUCUGAGCUUCUGUAUAUAUGCCAAUGAAUUAUUGUGUAAGGCAAUUACAGAUUUUGUUCUAAGGAUGCAUACUGUGUCCCUUGACAAUGCGGGUUAACAUGAGAAGAUUAUGAUCCACAAGAUCGUCCGGUGAAA